AUGGCGGCGCCCUCGGCCCCGCGGCCGCCCCGGCCCCGCAAAGAGCCGCAGCCGCUCGUCAUCCCGCGGAGCGCCGCCGAGGAGCAGCGCCUGCGCCUCGAGCGGCUCAUGAGGAACCCGGAAAAGACUGUACCAAUUCCUGAAAAACUGAAUGAAUGGGCACCACGACCUCCCCCGGAGUUUGUUAGAGAUGUGAUGGGUUCCAGUGCUGGAGCUGGGAGUGGGGAGUUUCAUGUGUACCGACAUCUUCGUCGGCGAGAGUACCAGAGGCAAGAUUUCAUGGAUGCCAUGGCUGAGAAGCAAAGACUAGAUGAGGAAUUCCAGAAGAAACUGGAGAGGAAUAAGAUGAUUGCAGAAGAACAAACAGCAAAACGCAGAAGGAAGCGCCAGAAGUUAAAAGAGAAGAAACUGCAAGCUAAGAAAAAUAAACUCGAACAAAAGAAGCAAGAAAAAGAACCUGAUCAAUCUCAAGAGCGAGUCAGCAGCGAGGAUGAUGAAGAGGACAGCAAGGAGGAGGAAGAGAAGGAAGAUGAUGCUGAAGAGCCAAGUUUUGUCAUGGGAAGAGGAUGAGGCCUUUCAGGGACAGCUGGAAACACUGUUCAUUGCUUUAUAUUCAGGAGCAUGAAAGUCUUUCAUCUCAGCCAAGCAGAACCCAUUGGCGUACGUUAUAUCUGCUUAACGGUGAAUGACCUUCACGUCACAGGCCCAAGAGAUAUUGAUAGACAAAUGCCAAAUAAGAGAUUUUUUUCUUAAUUGCUUGUAUAACUGCUGUGCAGUCUGCUCUAAGUUUGCUCUAAAGAGUCAGCCAUAAGUCUCUGUGACCCUAGAGCUCUUUCUGACAUGGCCCAGAGUGUUUUUCUGUCUGAAAGCUAAAACAUAUCCAUUACCAUUUAAGGAAAAUAUUACUGUGAGGGCUACGUAUUCUACUUAUGUCGAAGCUGGUAGCAGUGGGAUACAUGAAUCUAAGGGAAGAGUUUAACCUAAAGUAGAAAAGUGGUCUGUAGCCAGACUCUCCUGCACUGUGAGUGUUCUGAAUUUGGGGUUUUGUAUGGGGUCAUCUCUAACCCAAAGAAACCUGUUUAUGUUGCUAGACAAGUUCUAUAGAUUUUUUUAAGCAGGAUCCCUUUUUUAUUGCUAAACUUUCCCUAUUACUUUUCUUCCAUGUUUUUUAAAUGAAUAAAGGGGAUGUGUUGGA